AUGAAGCUUCUCUUGACUCUCAUUGAGUACAUAUCCCACAUAGAAAAGGGCAUGGAGGUGCUCUUUUCCUUGAUGCCUGCAAUGCAAUUGCCUGCCAUUGGAGGAGUAGGUCAGUUGCGUACUGUAGAGGAGUGGUCUGAGGCAGUUAGAGGCUUUAGGAAGGCUCGGAAAAGUUUCCCAGGAGACCUGCAACAAAGAGAUGGUCAGCUUAUUGAAGUUCUGAAAAAGGUUCAAACCAAAGCUAAGCUUGUUAGGAUUGGUUCCAUCCCAUUGACUGAGCUGGGAAGGCUAAAAGCUUGGAUAUUGAACACAGAAUCAAAUGGUAUGUGGGAUGCGCUCGUUGAUGUUGUUGCAGCUUUGCAACAUGCAGACGGAAGUGUCAAAAGACAGUGGCUUGUUGAUGCAGUUGAAUUAGCUGUGUAUCUAGCAUCCUUCCACGGUAGGCAUUGCAAUUUCUUGGGUUGCUAUCUGGUAGCUGGAGCAAAUACAUGCCUAUUUCUGAUUCUGGACCAACUUACUGUGCUGAGCGAUUACCAGUCACCCUUUCCUCUUCUCCUCUCAGACUCUAGUUGGGGAGGAGUUGCGGGAAUUGUCGUUCCUUCUCUGUUUGCAUCGACAGAACGCAUUUACAACUGGGCUAUACAUAUCGCACGGUGUGAGGAUAUGCCCCCUGACAUGGAAACCAUUGAUAAAGUGAGAAUUCCAUGGCUGUAUUCUUAUUGA